AUGGACUACUCUUCGAGUGUCAUGCCCCUGAGCCCCGUCCACAAGCCGCCCUUCACCGUCGAGGCUCCCGGCUACCAAAAAGUGCCCGGCGAGACGAUUCCUCGCCGACAUCCUCGCGCCAAGAAUGGCCUCCUCAACCGCCCCGCCGCCGACGUCACGACCGUCUUCGACAUUGUUCGCCGCAGCGCCCGCAACUUUCCCAACCACCAGGCCGUCGGCUCGCGCAAGCUCGUCAAGCUUCACAAGGAGCUCAAAAAGGUCAAGAAGACGGUCGACGGCCAGGUCCACGAGGUGGACAAGGAGUGGCAGUUCUUUGAGCUCACAAAGUACUCCUUCCUCACCUACCAGGAAUACGAGACACUCGUCCUCCAGAUCGGCUCCGGCCUGCGCAAGGUUGGCUUGACCUCGGACCACAAGGUCCAUCUAUUCGCCACCACGAGUGUACCAUGGAUCUCCAUGUCUCACGCCUGCGCAUCACAGUCCAUCUCUAUUGUCACCGCCUACGAUACUCUCGGCGAGAGCGGCGUCCAACACUCUCUCGUCCAGACCCAGGCCGAUGCCAUCUUUGUCGACCCUCAUCUGCUCAAGACUGCCACCAAGCCCAUCAAGAACUCAAACGUCAAAACUGUCAUCGUCAAUGCCGCUUGCAUGUUUGCCGUCGGCGGCGAGAUCGAGGAGUUUACCCAGGCCAACCCCGACCUUACUGUUAUCACGUAUGAGGACCUACGCAGGCUCGGCGAGGACAACAUGGUUGAUCCCAAGCCCGCCAAGCCCUCCGACCUCUACUGCGUCAUGUACACGUCGGGCUCUACCGGCCCCCCCAAGGGUGCCUGCAUUACGCACGAGGCACUCAUUGCUGGAAUUACCGGUCUCUACACCAACGUCGACGAGUGCGUCACCGACAGGGAAUGCAUCCUGGCUUAUCUGCCCCUCGCACACAUUUUCGAGAUGGUCCUCGAGAACCUUGUCUUCUUUGUUGGCGGUACGCUGGGAUACGGAAACCCGCGCACUCUGUCGGAUACCUCGGUCAAGAAUUGCGCCGGAGAUAUGCGGGAGCUGCGGCCCACGGCCAUGGUCGGCGUUCCACAGGUCUGGGAAACGGUCAGAAAGGGCGUCAUGGCCAAGCUCGAAACCUCGAGCCCCGUCCUCAGGUCCCUCUUCUGGGGUGCCUUCACCUACAAGAGCUUCAUGGCGAAGAACAAGCUUCCCCUUGCCAGCAUCUUUGAUGGCAUUGUAUUCAGCAAGGUGCGGGAGUUGACUGGCGGCCGACUGCGGUUCACUAUGAAUGGCGCCAGCGGUAUCGCCGACAGCACCAAGCACUUCCUCUCCAUCGUCCUGGCCCCCAUGGUUGUCGGGUACGGCCUUACCGAGACGUGCGCAAACGGUGCCCUGGGUUGUCCGCUCGAGUACUCGCCCAAUGCCAUCGGUCCUAUCCCCGCCGCUAUCGACGUCAAGCUGGUUUCCAUCCCCGACAUCGGUUACUCCACCGACGCCAAGAUUCCCCAGGGCGAAAUCUAUAUCAAGGGCUUGCCCCUCAUGACGGGAUACUACGACAACCCCGAGGAGACGGCAAAAGCCCUCACCUCGGAUGGCUGGUUCCAGACUGGAGACAUUGGCGAGUUCGAUACUGAUGGCCAUUUGCGGGUCAUUGACCGUGUCAAGAACCUUGUAAAGAUGCAGGGCGGCGAAUACAUUGCCCUGGAGAAGGUCGAGUCCGUCUACCGCGGUGCCCAGGCCGUGGCCAACGUCAUGGUCCACGCCGACGCCGAGCAUUCUCGGCCCAUCGCCCUCAUUAUGCCAAACGAGAAGGUCCUGGCCGAAAAGGCCAAGGAGCUGGGCGUCAACGAGCACAGCAUGUACCACGACUCCAAAGUGCGUGGCGCGGUGCUCAAACAACUACAAACCAUGGCAAAGAAUGGCGGCCUGUCUGGCAUGGAGACUGUCGCCGGAGUGGUCAUCACAGACGAGGAGUGGACGCCGGAUAGCGGCCUCGUUACUGCGACCCAGAAGCUGAACCGGAAAGCCAUCCGCGAGAAGUUCAAGAAGGAGAUUGACGCGUGCCUCAAGAACGUCUCCUGA